AUGAGAGGUUUUGUGGUAGCCCUAGCUGUCCUGUUCCUUACAGGAGCACAGGCUCGUUAUCCAUGGCAACAUGAUGAACCCCAAAGCCCUUUACAGCAUUAUCGGGAAGUGAUUGAAAAUUACCUAUCUAAAGUGCGAGAUAUCGGUAGAGAAGCUGUGUCGCAGGCAGAGUCUUCAGAUGUUGCAAAACAGCUUGAUUUGAAGAUCACAGAGAAGUUUGACACUCUCAGUACUAAUGCACUGGCCCUGAAGAAACAGCUGCAUCCAUAUGUGGAAAAAGUCAAAGAGCAGGUCGCUGCAGAACUGUCAAAGGACAUCCCUCUUCUCAGAGAAAAGAUCCGACCCAUCGUUGAGAACUUCCAAAGAAAUUGGGCUGAGCAAGUAAAAACUUUCAAUGAGAGAGUGGCACCUUUGGGAGAAGAACUGAAGAGACAAACCAAACACAACCUAGAAGCCUUCUACAAGAAACUGCAACCAGUGGCUGAAGAUUUCAGAGAGAAGCUGCGUGGUGAGGUUGACUCCCUUCGGGUCAACUUGGCUCCAUACACUGAUGAGCUUAAGCAGAAGAUCGUACAGAAACUGGAAGACAUCAAAACCAAUGCUGGUCCCAGGACAGAGGAAUACAAGGCUCAGAUCUCCCAACAUAUUGAAGCCCUGAAGGAGAAGCUUGAACCUCUGGCUGAGAAUCUCAAAGAACGUCUGUUGCCCCAUGCAGAGGAAGCCAAAGCCAAAAUCACCAAACUUUGGGAAACUUUGAGGGCCAGACUUGCCCAAAGAUCUUAA